CGCUUUAUUUUGUUGUUGUCGCUGGAAAGAAAGAGAACAGCCAUCAAUUAUUCAUCUCCCCACAGUUGCUGUGGUCUGCACCGUGUAAUGGUGACUGGAAAUCUGUGCAAACAUCCUAAUGUCGUUUUAUCUUCAGGAUUUAAUGGAAACUUCAAAUUUCUUUGAAUGAUAUAUCAUAUGAUACACAUGAACCAGGGAUGGAUGGAGGAGUAACCUGAAGCAGAUUUGCUUUUUGAACUACCCAGACAGUAGUUGUGUCUCACACGCUGUUGUAUGCUGUCUGGGAUGCUGCUGCACAGUUUUUACUGUGUUGUGAUGUUGUUAUGUGGACAAAGAGCUUCUCUGUUAAAACUUUGUACCCGUGUCUCUGACAUAUAAAAAGGAAAAAAAAAAAAUCCCGCAUUUUUCCCUCAUCCACGCAGAAAUGUUGAGCCCACAAAAGCUUAUGUGUUGGGAGAAAUGCAACUCUAAAGCUACUUUCAGCUGCUCUCUUAUUCACAAGGCUGUCGCCAGAUUGGGUUGCUCCUCAUGUUUGAUUUGGCAGGUUUUCACGUCGGAUGUCAUUCCUGAUGCAACUCCCAAGGAACUGGUGUUAAUUAAAUAAACAGCUGGCUAUGGGAUUGCAGGAAAGCCUUAUGGAAUUAGGCAGGAAGGGCAAUCACUCCAGUUCCUCCACGUCUUUUCUUUGGAGGUGAUGAAAUAAGUGGUAUUGUGUGAGUGGCGAUGUAUGUUGAUGUGAUAUCUUCCUCCUUCAGCACUCAGCUUGCAUUGUCACAGCUGUUGGGAUUUGGUCUGGCGUGUACAUGUAAUGGAAAAACAGGAUACCCUCCUCAGCCCCUCUCUCUCUCUCUUGCAGUGGUGUACCUUUAAAGAUACAGCAUGUGUGCUGAGUGCGGCUUUAAAAUCCUGACUUUUAUUGCUCCUUCUGGAAUAACUGCUCAGCAAACAGCAAUUCUCUACGACACUCCCAAAGCCCGACGGGAGGUCGAGCUGCACUGGCGAGCGUCCGGAGGUCCCCACAUCGUACGGAUACUCAGCCUCUAUGAGAACAUACACCAUGGGAAGAAAUGUCUCCUCAUUGUUAUGGAAUGCAUGGAGGGAGGGGAACUGUUCAGUCGCAUUCAGGCCAGAGGGGACCAGGCUUUCACAGAGAGAGAGGUGUCGGAGAUCAUGCAUGACAUUGGCAUGGCCAUAGAAUACCUCCACCACAUGGACAUUGCUCACAGAGAUGUAAAGCCUGAAAACUUGCUCUACACAACUAAAGAGAGCAACGCUACUCUAAAGCUGACUGACUUUGGCUUUGCUAAGGAGAUGACGCUGCACAACUCCCUGCAAACUCCGUGUUACACUCCGUAUUAUGUUGCGCCAGAAGUGCUUGGGCCAGAGAAAUACGACAAAUCAUGUGACAUGUGGUCUUUGGGUGUAAUCAUGUACAUCCUACUCUGUGGGUUUCCUCCAUUCUACUCAAACACAAGCCAGGCCAUCUCUCCAGGCAUGAAACAGAGGAUCAGGUUGGGCCAAUAUGAGUUUCCGAACCCAGAGUGGGCAGACGUUUCUGAGGAAGCCAAACAGCUCAUCAUUCAGUUACUGAAGACAGACCCCAGCGAGAGGAUGACGAUUGGACAGUUCAUGAACCAUCCUUGGAUUAGUCAAUCCAUGGUGGUCCCUCAAACACCUUUGUACACCUCUCAGGUUUUGACAGAGGACAAGGAACUAUGGGAAGAUGUAAAGGAGGAAAUGACCAGUGCCCUGGCCACGAUGCGCGUCGACUACGACCAGGUGAAGAUCAAAGACUUGGAUACAUCCAACAACCCUCUGCUGAAGAGACGCAAGAGGCCCGUUCCUCCGGGAGCUGACGGCGUAGAGGAAGCUGACAGAGGGGAUGGAGAUGGAUCAGGAGUGUGUAACAGUCAGAGAGAAGUAUUGUUUUCUGAAGAACAUGGUAACAUGAUCACGGAAGAAAAGUAGCAUUAAAACCAGAGUAGCAACAUUUUCCAUCCACAUAUCAAUUGUUGUAUUUUACUCGUUCUUUGUGUUCCUGCACUCACUUUAAAGAAUCCCAUUUAUUUUUAACUCUUACUACUUAAAGUGAAAUAAAAUGUUGUUUUUUAUCUUUUACAUUGGUGUCCUGUCACAUUUUACAUGGCAGCUCAUUUUAUACAGAUCUCGAAGAUACUUGGAAACUUUCAAUUUAUUCUGAUUGUGAGUAAAACAAGAAAAAGUAUUAAGCUCAGAGACUUUGUAUAAGCAUUAGGAACUGAUUUUCCUCGCUGUAACCAAUGAAAGACGAUAUAUGGAAGCCAUAAAAGAUAGUUAGGCAAGAUAACAUACAACUAGUAAUUCCUCUUUACAAGUCACUACUCUUUACGUGGUUAUGUCACUGUGCUGUCAAGGGACUAAUAAACCUUGCGAUAUGAAGGUGUUAA